AUGGCAGAGGCUAGCAAUUCAGGGGAAUGCAAUGUUAAAUGUGAUGAUCCCUAUUAUGAAGAUGUCACAUUUUCUACACUAUCUCCUGAUAAAAUCCCAGAUCCCAAAAAGUUUAAUGCUAAAAGAAGUACAUUAGCGAUAUUUGAAGAUCUUUACUCUGACCCUCCAGCUAUACAGAAAAAAAUUAUUACAUUUUUCACUCAAGGUCGUCAUAAGAAUAUUUCCUCAAUUUAUGUUGCUCAGAAAUUCCACAAAAUCCCAAUAGAUAUUCGCAAAAAUGCCACUCACAUUGUUCUCUUUAAUGGUAGAGGCUCUAUUCGAAAACUUGCAGAUAUUAUAAGUCCUUAUAUUGAUGUAGAUCCGUGA